UCCACAGUCACACUGCUGAUGAGUGGCAGAGCUGGAAGUUGAAGCCAGGCAGCCAGACUCCACAGCCUCUUAGCCAUGAUAUUAACCCAGCAUACGUGGGUGCUGGCGCCGGGGUACUAGGUGGAACUGGUGUGGACUCUGGAGUCACAUCUGGGUCCCAUUUGUGGCUCCUUCACUCUCUGAGCAUCUCCCUAUGGUAAGAGGGGACCCAUCUCCCCAGCUCACAGGUCUGUUGGGAAGGUUGGGUGGGGCAGUAUAAGACACUAGCCACUCAGUGGCUGUCUUCAAGGCAUCCAGGGUGCCUGGCUGUGGACUGGACUGUGCUUUGCAGACACAGACAGCUAGACAGCAGGGUUACAGCUGUUGAAUGCACAUAGCACAGGGCGCUCAUUGGAUGGUAGGGUGGAUUGAUAUGGUGGAAGGCCCUUACUUAACAGCAUGUGCUUUCUUGGGAGCAGGCCUUGUGCUGGAUGGCCCCACCGACCCAGAGAAGAGCUGGACUUGGUCACUGCCCCAGAGAGCUCACUUUCUGGACAGCCCAGGGUGUAGUGACCUGUGAUCACCUCUGAGAUUGCAAACAGGGUCAGCUUGAUGGCCUGUGGCAUUGCUCUCUGGCGGAAAUUCCUCCUUAGUCCCAGAGGGAUCUUUUUUAUAGCAGAGCAGGCAUCUGUGUGGCUUUUGAGACUCGGAUCUGGCCUGGGUCUUCCGAUAAGUCUUUCUGCUCCCAGGUUCAUCAGCCCUUAAACUGAUGGAUGGGUGGGGUGGGAGGUGAUGCUGUGGCCUGGCUGUGGAUGUGCGAGUCCAGGCUCUGCCACGUGUUAGCUGAGUGACUUUGGGACAGGCUGCGGGAGGAGCUGCAGGACUGAGGUACAGAGGCCAGGGGCCCAGGGCGGGACCCAGCCUGGACUUGACUCCCUGGGAUCCCAGGAAGGGCACACCCUUUCCUCACCACCUGAGUGAGCGCUGCCCCCUCACAGAGACCUCUUUGCCCCCUGGGCCAGGCAGAGCAGGCGCUGCGGUCCGGGAGGCCCCAUGGAGGUGGCGGUGCCUGUGAAGCAGGAGGCCGAGGGCCUGGCGCUGGACUCGCCGUGGCACCGCUUCCGCCGCUUCCACCUGGGCGACGCGCCGGGCCCGCGGGAGGCGCUGGGGCUGCUCCGCGCCCUGUGCCGGGACUGGCUGCGGCCCGAGGUGCACACCAAGGAGCAGAUGUUGGAGCUGCUGGUGCUGGAACAGUUCCUGAGCGCGCUGCCCGCCGACACGCAGGCCUGGGUGUGCAGCCGGCAGCCGCAGAGCGGGGAGGAGGCGGUGGCCCUGCUGGAGGAGCUCUGGGGGCCAGCAGCCUCCCCCGAUGGGUCAUCAGCAACGAGGGUGCCUCAGGAUGUGACGCAGGGCCCUGGGGCCACAGGUGGAAAGGAGGACAGCGGGAUGAUUCCCUUAGCAGGCACCGCCCCUGGGGCUGAGGGGCCGGCGCCUGGGGACUCCCAGGCUGUGCGCCCCUACAAGCAGGAGCCCAGCAGCCCCCCGCUGGCGCCUGGCCUGCCCGCCUUCCUAGCGGCCCCGGGCACCACGUCCUGCCCCGAGUGCGGCAAAACGUCCCUGAAACCAGCUCACCUGCUGCGCCACCGGCAGAGCCACUCGGGCGAGAAGCCGCACGCCUGCCCUGAGUGCGGGAAGGCCUUUCGGCGCAAGGAGCACCUGCGGCGCCACCGCGACACGCACCCCGGCAGCCCCGGCAGCCCCGGGCCCGCGCUGCGCCCUCUGCCCACCCGUGAGAAGCCCCACGCGUGCUGCGAGUGUGGCAAGACCUUCUACUGGCGCGAGCACCUGGUGCGCCACCGCAAGACGCACUCGGGAGCGCGGCCCUUUGCCUGCUGGGAGUGUGGCAAGGGCUUCGGGCGCCGCGAGCACGUGCUGCGCCACCAGCGCAUCCACGGCCGGGCAGCGGCCAGCGCGCAGGGGGCGGUAGCUCCGGGCCCCGAUGGUGGAGGCCCCUUCCCGCCCUGGCCCUUGGGUUAGCCGCCUCCCGGCCCGCGCCACCUCUCGCCCUCGGUGCUGCCCCCGGGCGGUCCCUCCUCUCUCCCAGCGCCACUUGGCCUCUUCCCCUCCUCCUUCCCUCCCAUCGUCCUCCUGCACCUGCGCCUCCCUUGUCUGAACUUCCCAACGCCUUCCUCUCUAUUCCUUUCCAACUCCUUCUCCCCCAAAUUUCACUUUCCUUCUCAGGUCUCACCUCAGCCCCCCCUUCUCCCUGAUUUCUCGGCCUCUCUCUCUGUGUGAAGGGGCCUCUCCCUAAUGUCUCCUCCUUUCCCCCUCUUCUCUCUCCUGCGGCCCAGCCUCCCUCUCCCUCCUCCAUUCCUCUCUCCCUGCCCUUUUCCUGCCUGAAGAGCAGAGGUGAGGACCUGGGACCUCUGAGGGGCAGGCCAGGAGGAGCUCGGGCGCAGGCCAGGCCCCCUUGGUGAAGCGGAGGCUGAAGGAAAGGGGUCUGGGUCUUGUCCCUAGGAAUUCUCCUCCUGAAGGACAGAUUGGGGGUCGGGGGAGGCAGCGGGUGAUGGCUCUGAAGCUGAACCCAGGGCCUGGCUGUGGUCUCCUUGGUCUCGCUGCCCCCUGUGACCCAAAGGCAUGGGAUGGACAGAGAUGCCUGCCCCCGUGAAGCUGGUUGGGGAGGGCAGUUCACCAGCAUCCAUAGAGUAAUAAAGUCACUGUGUGUAGACCCGGA